AUGUCGUCGCAAUCUUUGGAACGAGUCGUUUCACGACUUCAAAAUUUGCCGGAGAUGUCUCUCCCUACCGACUACCCCAGACCUACGGGCGGAAACAAGUCGGUAGAGGCUGCUGCCACUGCUGAACUCUCAGAGCAGACCUGCAUCGCUCUCACGAAGCUCGCACUUCACACAGACCAGGACGAUGAUCCUGAUGACGAUUCUAUCGAGUCCAACACGCCUUCCGCUUUCCACCUCCUUCUCGCUGCCUUCUCGGUGCUUCUUCACCGGUACACCGGCGACACCGAUCUAAUCAUUGGUUCGUCGUCUUCCUCUGCGCGCAACCCCCUUAUUCUUCGCCUCGCCGUGGACCCCAAGGACCCUUUCUGGGCAGUGGUACGCAAGGUACAGCAAGUCGAGGCCGAGGCUGAUGAAGAUCGCGUACCGUUUGGGGCCAUUCUCAAGGCAUUGGGAAAGGACAGGACAGACACUGUGGAGGGAUCGCGCCCUAUAUUCCACUCCCCUCAAGACGACUUUCUACAGACCACCAGCUCUACCUCCGACCUCACUGUCUUCGUCACCCGUCGGCCGGAGUCAAAUCUUCGCAUCCUCUAUAAUUCUCUCCUCUUCACCUCCACCAGGAUCAAGUACAUCGUCGAACAGCUUUCUGUGCUCCUGCGACGAGUGGCUUCCAACCCCCUCGCUCCGGUUGGCUCAAGCAAAGCUUCCGGAUCCUACUGGGAUGUUAACUGGUGCGACUUCAAGGGCGCCAUUCCUCACAUCUUCUCUCAUAACGCUCGGCAGUGGCCAGAUCGCCCAUGUGUCAUCCAGUGCAUUCCAGCUAGCUCUUUAGAUGCAUCCCAAGAGAAGCGCACCUUCUCAUACAGCCAGAUUCUGCACGCGUCCAACAUUCUCUCUCACCACCUUCUUCAGGGAGGCCUUCAACGAGAAGAGGUAGUCAUGGUAUACGCCUACCGUUCCGUCGAACUUGUCGUCGCAGUGAUGGCCAUCCUCAAGGCCGGUGGAACGUUCUCUGUCAUUGACCCCGCGUAUCCUCCUUCGCGACAAACCAUCUACUUGCAAGUUGCCCAGCCUCGCGCUUUGGUGGUACUCUCUGGCGCAGGGAAGAUCGCUCCCUCUGUACGCGACUUCAUUUCGAACGAACUCCAGAUCCGAGUCGAGGUCCCUGCUCUCGAGCUGCUUGCCGAUGGCCACCUUGUCGGAGGUGUAACAGAGGGAUCAGAAGACGCUCUGACGCCCCAUCAUCGCUGGCAGAUGCGAUCCCGACAUCGUCUUGGGACCCGACACGGAAGUACCGGGAUCCCCAAAGGCGUCAAAGGACGACAUUACAGUCUUACCCACUUCUUCCCAUGGAUGGGAGAGCGGUUCAACAUCGGCGACCACUCCAAGUUCACCAUGCUAAGUGGUAUCGCUCACGAUCCCAUUCAGCGCGAUAUGUUCACUCCUCUCUUCUUUGGUGCCAGCUUAUACGUUCCUACUGCCGACGAUAUUGGCACACCCGGACGUCUCGCUGAGUGGAUGGCCGACAACGAGGUGACGGUCACUCAUCUCACGCCCGCGAUGGCCACUCGCCAGAUCCCCACACUUCAUAGCGCAUUCUUUCGCGACUGUCUUCGCCUCCAAUCCCUCGCGGUGAACGUCCGCAUUAUCAACAUGUAUGGCACGACCGAGACGCAGCGUGCAGUCUCGUACUUCCUCAUCCCCUCCGUGUCCGAAGACGCCACUUUCCUCGCGAUGCAAAAGGACAUCAUGCCGGCGGGCGAAGGCAUGAUCGACGUCCAACUCCUCGUGGUCAACCGCAACGAUCGUUCUAUUCCGUGCGCGGUCGGGGAAGUUGGCGAGAUCUACGUUCGUUCUGGAGGCCUUGCCGAAGGAUACUCUGAUCCCCAGGCCACUGCGGAGAAGUUCGUAAUGAACUGGUUCUGCGAGAACGCCCCUCCGCGACCAGACAUAGUCACCGGCCCCGAGGCGCAGUUCUGGAAGGGCGUGCGCGACAGGAUGUACCGCUCAGGCGACCUGGGACGCUACCUUCCGAAUGGGAUCGUCGAGUGCACCGGCCGCGCAGACGACCAGGUCAAGAUCCGAGGAUUCCGUAUCGAGCUUGGCGAAAUCGACACGCAUCUCAGCCAGCAUCCGAUGGUGCGCGAAAACGUCACGCUUGUUCGCCGCGACAAGGACGAGGAGAAGAUCUUGGUGACGUACUUCUUCGCAAGCGAUGUCGGGGACGACGGCGAUGACAAGGGUUUGGUGAGCGGCAUGCGCAAGUACAGACGGCUCAUCAAGGAGAUCCGAGAGUAUCUCAAGAAGAAGCUUCCUACCUACAGCGUCCCGACUUUAUUUGUCCCGCUCAAGCGCAUGCCGCUCAACCCGAACGGCAAGAUCGACAAGCCCGCGCUUCCAUUCCCUGACACAGUCCAAGUUGCUUCCGCUGAGCCGGCGCGUGGAGGCCCUGCCGCAUCUCCGACCGAGGAAGCCAUUCGCUCAAUCUGGGCACGCAUCCUGCCCAACGCGCCCUCCCCGAUCCGGGCACUCUAUCCUCGCCACUCGCCUCAUCUUCGAGAUCCGCAAGCCUUCGUCGUCGACGCACCUCUUGGGCUCGUCUUCGAACAGCCCACCAUCGCGGCGCUUGCGGCCACCGUGGAUCGCAUGCGCAACGCCGAUCUCGGGCUCGCUGGGGCUGCCCCGAUGUCGCGCCGCGUGGAGUACGGCGCGGACUACGAGCAGCUCGUCGCCUCGCUCGCAUCGGAGUACCCUUCCGCACCCGAAGAUCCGAGCACGCGCGGAUCGCGCACGAUCUUCCUUACUGGCGCGACGGGCUUCCUCGGCGCGUUCAUCUUGCGCGACCUCCUCCGCCGCACCGAUGGCGUGAAGAAGGUCGUGUGUUUGGUACGCGCGCCGGACGACGCCGCGGCGCUCUCGCGUCUGCGCUCGGCCGCGCAGGGGCGCGGCGUGUGGAACGAGCAGUGGGUCGCGGACGGGCGCGUCGAGGCGCUCAAGGGCGACUUGGACCAGCCGCGGUUUGGGCUCGAACAAGGCGCGUGGAUGCGCGUGGCGGGCGAGGCGGACGCGGUCGUUCACAACGGAGCUCUGGUUCACUGGGUGUACCCGUACGAGAAGCUCCGCUCUGCGAACGUCCUCGGGACGCUCACGGCGGUAGACCUCGCCGCUGCGGGCAAGCCGAAGCACCUGGUGUUUGUCUCCUCGACGAGCGCGCUCGACGUCGACUACUACGUCCAGCUCUCCGAGACAACUGGAGCCGUGCCCGAGGCGGACGAUCUUGAGGGCGCACGCUCGGCGCUGAAGACAGGGUACGGACAGAGCAAGUGGGUCGCCGAGAAGCUCCUCUUCGAAGCCGGGCGGCGCGGCCUCCGCGGUCACAUCGUGCGCCCCGGAUACGUCGUUGGCGACUCCCAGUCCGCAGUCACGAACACGGACGACUUCCUCUGGCGCCUCGUCAAGGGCUGCGUCCAGCUCGGGCUGGUCCCCGACAUCAACAACACGGUGAACAUGGUCCCCGUCGACCACGUCGCGCGCUGUUGCGCGCUCGCGGCUCUCCCCCCCUCUCGCCGUGGCCGGGGGCGCACUCGGCGCGCUGCACGUAGCCGCACGCCCCGCCCGACGUUCAACACGCUCCUGGGCGUGCUCGCCGCGUACGGGUUCGGGACGGCGCGCGCGGACUACGUCGCGUGGCGCGCGGCGCUCGAGCGGCACGUGAUGGAGACACAGGACAACGCGCUGUUCCCGCUGUUGCACUUCGUCCUCGACGACCUACCGACGAGUACGAAGGCGCCGGAGCUGGACGACGCGCGUAUGCGGGCGGUGUUGAGGGCGGGCGGCGCGAGGGAGGCGGCGACGGUGGACGAGGAGCUGGUGGGAAGGUAUUUGGCGUGGCUGGUGCGCGCCGAGUUCUUGCCCCCGCCGAAGGAGGGCGAGGGGGCGGAGAGGGCGCUGCCGAAGUUGAACGAGGUGGAGGGCGCGCUGAAGGCUGUUGGAAGGAGUGGGAACUGA